GCAGCGCACGCUCGCUCUCCCAAAAAGCGGCAGCAGCAAACCUGAUCCCAUCCCCCCGAGCAAAGCGGGAGGAGGAGGCGAUGGCGUCGGCGCUGGUGAGGAGGGCGACGGGAGGGGCCCCGCGGUGGGCUGCUGUGGCCUCCAGGGGCCUCGCCGCGUCGGUGGGCUCCGACAUCGUCUCGGCGGCUCCCGGCGUGUCCCUGCAGAGGGCGCGCUCCUGGGACGAGGGCGUCGCCACCAAGUUCUCCACCACCCCUCUCAAGGACAUCUUCCAUGGGAAGAAAGUGGUCAUCUUCGGCUUGCCUGGUGCAUACACCGGAGUCUGUUCACAGGCACAUGUUCCUAGCUACAAAAAUAACAUUGAUAAGUUGAAAGCAAAAGGGGUUGACUCUGUUAUUUGUGUCUCUGUAAAUGACCCAUAUGUACUGAAUGGAUGGGCAGAAAAGCUACAGGCAAAAGAUGCUAUUGAAUUCUAUGGUGAUUUUGAUGGGAGCUUUCACAAAAGCUUGGAUUUGGAAGUAGACCUCUCUGCUGCUUUGCUUGGUCGCCGCUCCCACAGGUGGUCAGCAUUUGUUGACGAUGGGAAGAUCAAGGCUUUCAAUGUUGAGAAAGCGCCUUCUGACUUCAAGGUUUCUGGUGCCGAGGUGAUAUUGGAUCAAAUCUGAUCUAAGUAAUGAAAUUUUGGACAAACAAAAAAAAAAUCUGAUCUAAGUAAUGAAAAUUUGGACAUCUUUUGUUUGCCCAUGGAGCAUCCAUGCUUUCCCGUAGUGAAAUAAAGAAUACCCAACUGCUCGAGUGUCAGUGUAAAGAUGUCAGUCGAGCCGUGCUACUUCCAGUUCCAGGACAAUUGUUCGUGUUACAAAUCAACCUGCCGUUUAACAUGCUUAUCUGCAUUGGCUUCA